AUGGGCGCGGCGAACGACCCGUUCGCGUUCGUCGAGCGCGGCGGGGACGGACCGGACGAAGAGGACGCGCUGCCCGGGUGGCGGCGGCUCCGAGCACUCGCGAUCGGCGUCGGCGCGACGCGCGCGGGUAACGGCUACGCGUGGGGCGUUUCUUCCGUCUCGGACGGCGUGCUGCUUCGUCUUUUGUGGCACGCGGAGGCGCUCGAAGACCUGGACGUGACCGGGUGCUGGAACGCGUCGUUGCACGGGUUCGAGCGCGCGCUUUAUCGAUGGUGGCCGCCGCUGCGAUCGCUGCGCGCCGCGCGAACGAAGCUCGCGUCGGACGAGGCGAUAGAAAACGUCCUGUGCGUGGAACGCGUGUCACGGUUCGCUGACACCAACAAAAAAUUCCCCGUCUUUCGUCGUUUGUCCUCCACGUUGGAGACCCUGGAGCUCGGAUCGCCGCUCUCGCACGCGAAACGCGUCACCGACGACGGCCUCAGAAACCUGCAGAAGUUCGACACACUCAGGGAGCUGGGCCUCGCCGGCGCGGACGUCACCGACGCGGGCGUGCGGCGACUGUUGGAGGGCGGCCCCCCCAACAGACCGGUCGGCGGGACGCUGCGAGCGAUCGACGUGAGCGCGUGCCGGGGACUGAGUCGCGCGGUGAGGAGCGCGGCGACCGCGAGCGGCGCGCGCCCGCUGGAGAUUCUCGCGGCGAUUCGACGCGGGGAGAAGGAGAAGGAGAAGGAAAAGGAAGGGGGGGUAUAG